CUCCUAGAAUCAAGCACUUUGGUAUCCAGAGGAAACCUCUACCCCUUGAACCAACUGUACUACUACAAGAGGCUAACAGGCGGAGGGCUUCACUCUCCACUGGAAAUGUUUUUGAAAUGUUUGACAGUCGCCAGGGUCCAAUGGAAGGGUAAUGAAAUGCUAUAUACUGCUCCAGAUGGAAUCACUUACAGUAAACUGUUAUAAAAUCUUAUAAUUUCUGUUUUAAUUUGGGUUUUUAUCAAUCUGAUUUAUAUGCUGACAGAUCAUGUUUUGAUUCACCCCCCAAGAUGUCACCACAAAAAGUACUCUCAAAUUCGAUGACACGUACUAAUACUUCUCCGGAAAACUUUGAUAGCUCAAUUGGCCGACCUAUGAGGCUUUCUGAGAUUUAUAUUGCUGCCGAACAUGCUUUGAAGCAAACAAUUUCUAAUCUUGGGAUGUUAAAAUCAUUAUCAUCAUCUGAGGAGUUUGAGAAAAAAUAUCUAGAGCUAACUAAAGGUGCUGCUGACAAUUACCACCAUUUCUGGUGGAAAAGACAUGGAGUUGUCCUUGAUGGUGAGAUAGCUGCUGUUGCCUUUAAACAUGGACAUUUUGACCAAGCUGCAAAGUCAUAUGAGAAGGUUUGUGCACUGUAUAAUGGGGAAGGAUGGCAGGACUUGUUGGCCGAGGUCCUUCCUAUUCUAGGAGAGUGUCAAAAUAUUCUUAAUGAUCAAAGCUGGCUACUUGCUAUCCUGUGUGCGGCUACUUUCUCUUGAAGAUGGAUUAUUUCAGAAACCAGGGUCAUAUGUUCUUGGAGUUCUUAU